AUGCUACAUUCAAAUUUGGGUGCUCACAUAGUACAUACAAAGAAAGAAAAAGAGACUAUGGGAUAAGAUACUAAGAUGAGGUACCAUUCAUUCUUAAGAAGCCCAAAGAAGGAGGAGCAGCAGGUGCCGGACAGUGCUAAUUCUUCCGAGGAUUUCUCUGACACUACCAAAGAUGGUUAUGUCAAUGGAGAGGUUGAUAUCAUGGAUGACUUGGAGCGCAUUUGGGGGAUCGAAGACGAUGAGAAGCUACCGAAGGGUCACAACAUGUUUACUGGUCAGGAACUUAACUGGGAUUUCAUGGAUUGGGAUGAGUUUCCUAAUGGUGAAGAAGGGGAUGGAGAGGUAGAGAAUGAAGUGUUUGGUGAUUCUGCUGAGAGGUGCUUUUUCGAAGAGGAAAGCUACUGUAAGAAGGUUGUGAAGAGAGAGAGUAGUACUGUUGGGUUUUGGGAUGAUGAUGAGGAUAUGAAGAAGGUGCAAUUGAAUUUGAACUUGAAUUAUCAAGAGGUAUUGGAUGCUUGGUCUGAUCGUGGUUCUCUUUGGGCUGAGGAUUGUUCAUCACAUUCUUCCAAGGCUGCUAGCAUUGGCAAUUAUAUGGGAGAGGUGCCAGUAAUGGAAGAAGAGAAAAGUACAAGAAGGGAGGCAAGUGUUCUGAGGUACAAAGAGAAACGUCAGUCUAGACUCUUCUCCAAGAAGAUAAGGUACCAAGUCCGCAAGCUCAAUGCAGAUAAAAGACCUAGACUCAAGGGUCGAUUUGUGAAGAGAGUUUCGUGAUAGAUCGAUGAAAUAUCUCAACAAAUAUCUCAUCCAACCCGUCGACUUUUCCUUUGCAGAAAAUAUCUUCCUCCUAACUACGUGGAAUUAAGAACCAAUGAUGAAAAAUAUCUCUAUUUUUUUUUUUCUGGAAGUACUUGAUUAAAGCUUCUGUUUCUGGGGUCUACUUAUCAUCAAGACAUGAUCAUAUGUUAUAAGGUCCCUCUUGGAUACAGUCUUUCCUAUGACAUGUUCAGGAGUAAUUAUUAUGUACAUCGAAUACAUUACGUUGUGAUCAUUAAUGACGUAUUUGACAGAUUGUUAAUCGACAUAUUGUUAGUGUA